AUGGAUUUUAACCAAGUUCUAGAGAAAUGUGGUAAUUUUGGACGCUACCAAUGGGUUUUGCUGAUGCUCUAUGGCUGCACCAACAUUUUGUCGUCAAUGCAUUACUUCUCCCAAACUUUGAUAAGUUUUACCCCUGAGCAUUGGUGUUAUCAUCCGCAAUUGGCGAAUAAAUCAUUUGAGGAUAUCGAUAAAAUCUACAGACAAUUCACAAAGCCGCAUUGUACAUUGCUGGAGAAGUUUGAUGAGGAGAGUGGUAUAGCGGUCCCUGCCAAAGAUGGUGGUGAAUGUCGUGAAUGGUUUUAUAGGAGACAAGAUGGCUAUGAGAGUAUAACGACUGAGUUAAAUUGGGUUUGUGACGAUGCCUUUCGAAAUGCUGUGGGUCAAUCUUUCUAUUAUGUAGGAGCUGUGGUGGGCACCAUCGGUUUUGGAUGCUUGGCCGAUCGAAUUGGACGUUUGCCUGCGCUUCUGAUGACCACCAUGACGGGUGCUUUGGGAGAUUUUCUUACCUCAUUUGUGGGAAAUGUAACAUUUUAUGCCAUCAGUCGUUUCAUAUCGGGCCUAUCAACGGACACUUUUUACAUGUUGAUGUUCAUCUUAGUCUUUGAAUAUUUGAGUCCUAAGAAACGCACCUUUGGCCUUAACAUAGUACCCGCAUUUUGCUACUGCACUGGUCUUAUGCUCUCGCCUUGGUUUGCACUAUGGGUUCAGACGUGGCGCAAAUAUCUUUUGGUGGCCUCAGUGCCAGCCCUUCUGGUUCUGACCUACCCCCUGCUGGCUUGUGAGAGUGCCAAUUGGUUGCUGACUCGUAGAAAAUAUGAGCGUGCCGUAAAGUGCCUAAAACAUGUGGCCAAAUUCAAUGGACGCCAAGUCGAAGAAAAGGUGUUUGAGGAAUUUGUAAAAUUCUACAAACAAAAGAUAGAAGUCGAAGAUGAAAAACUUAAAAGCAGCAAUGAUACCUUUUGGAGAAUGUUUAGGACACCAAGACUAAGGAAAUUUACCAUAAUACUGUUGGUGAAAAGUGGCAUUGUAACCAUGGCUUUUGAUAUUAUUUCACGCAACAUGGAAGGCUUGGGCUCCUCACCUUUUAAGCUGUUCUCAUACACUGCCAUUUCUUCUAUUCCUGGUGGUCUUACUAUUAUUGCCUUCCAGAAUAUAAUUGGCCGCAAAGGAAUGGCAAGCUUGUCGUUACUGGUGGGCGGUAUUAUCACUGCCAUAACAGGUUUUCUAAUAGCCUUCAUGGAUGCCAAAUCGAAUUUUGUGCUCUUGGGCAUCAUGGUUGGCCUGGGACGUUACGGAGCGGUAGUAGCCCAUGAUGCUGAAGUUCAAUAUUGUGCUGAAAUCAUACCGACCAGUGUGCGUGGACGAGGUGUAGCCAAUAUUCAUGUUGUGGGCUAUGCUUGCAGUUUCCUCAACUCUUAUGUCAUCUAUUUGGCCACGUUCUAUAGACCAUUGCCGGCUAUUUUCAUCAGUUCUAUUAUGUUCAUGGGAGCAGCUUUGUGUUUGUGUCUUCCUGAAACUUUGAAUACCAAACUCCCAGAAACCCUAAGCGAUGGUGAAGUCUUUGGACUCGAUCAAAAAUGGUAUUACUUUCCAUGCUGGAGCAGAAAUCGUAAAAAUUCGAAAAUGUCUACACAUUUAUAG